ACUGGGGAGGGGAGAAAGAUCCCAACUCCAAGUUUCCACAAAUCUCACCCCAGGACUGGGGGAGGGGAGAAAGAUCCCAACUCCAAGUUUCCCCAAAUCUCACCCCAGGACUGGGGGAGGGGAGAAAGAUCCCAACUCCAAGUUUCCCCAAAUCUCACCCCAGGACUGGGGGAGGGGAGAAAGAUCCCAACUCCAAGUUUCCCCAAAUCUCACCCCAGGACUGGGGGAGGGGAGAAAGAUCCCAACUCCAAGUUUCCCAAAUCUCACCCCAGGACUGGGGGAGGGGAGAAAGAUCCCAACUCCAAGUUUCCCCAAAUCUCACCCCAGGACUGGGGGAGGGGAGAAAGAUCCCAACUCCAAGUUUCCCCAAAUCUCACCCCAGGACUGGGGGAGGGGAGAAAGAUCCCAACUCCAAGUUUUCCCCAAAUCUCACCCCAGGGACUGGGGGAGGGGAAGAAAGAUCCCAACUCCAAGUUUCCCCAAAUCUCACCCCAGGACUGGGGGAGGGGAGAAAGAUCCCAACUCCAAGUUUCCCCAAAUCUCACCCCAGGACUGGGGGAGGGGAGAAAGAUCCCAACUCCAAGUUUCCCCAAAUCUCACCCCAGGACUGGGGGAGGGGAAAAGAUCCCAACUCCAAGUUUCCCCAAAUCUCACCCCAGGACUGGGGGAGGGGAGAAAGAUCCCAACUCCAAGUUUCCCCAAAUCUCACCCCAGGACUGGCGGAGGGGGUAAAUGUCAACCAUAGCCUGACUAAACACAUGCUGUCAAACAUGUGCUGUUGUAACUUCAGAGGCUCUGGGGUAAAGUUGGCCCUAGGUACAAAUCUACUAUCAGCUUCCUCUCCCAAAAUCCUAACCUUAACUGUUAGUGGGGAAUCUAAAUAUGUACCCAAGACCAGCGUCUAGGGACAACUUCACCCUAGUCCUUAAACUAGAGGAAGGAGGAAGAAGAAGUGUCUCUCUAGGAGAUGAGACUACUGACAUGCUGUCAGAAUGCUCCAUAUGUGCUGGGUUUCCCUUUCGUUUUAUAUCAAAUAUCAUUCAUCGUUAAAAAACAUUUUUUUUUAGCCUGUAAUAAGUGAAUGGGGCAGACUUGAUGACUGAGAUAUGAACUGAGUAAGGAAACCAUGUUUUGUUGUUGUUUUAGUGUCCAAACCCCAAGUGUGUAAGUGGAAUGCCGAGGACUGUUCAGUGUGAUUACACAGGCAGCCUAUAGAUACUUUGACUGAAAUGUGUAUGUUCGUAUGCAGGGUAAAAGUGAGCUAGCAGUAACGUUAGUGUCCUUAUUAUCGUGUAAUUACAGUUGUAAGUACAGUGUAACAAGUAUUGUGAUAAAUAGUAAUAACUCAUUGUCAUACUGUACUUAAUAAGCCUUAGUUGUGAUCAUCCAACGUUUUCUAGAAUAUUCCGAGGUGCUUCUACUGUAGCCCAAAUGAAUAAACCAUUAUAUGUGGGAAUUAUCCUAUUUUAAUGCUUACCCUUGAGAUGCUCUGGGCACCAUGUGUGGAGUACCAGUCAGGAUGUGAAUGUAUAAAUGGCUGAAGGGAAUAUAUUCAAUGUGAAGCAGUUUCUCCUAUCAUCAUUGCUGUAUCAACUGUCUGUCACUAUAUACAGUAUGGGUCUGGUUUGACAGACCAGUCCUGGCCAGGCUAGCAGCUGUGGUAGAGAAGGGUUGGGUGGGACUGGGUCAGUUGUCAUGGAGUUGUCAUGGCGCCCACACUGACCAGUUAUGAUCAGAUCAGACGUGAUGUUACUGGUACGGUACAGUAGUGGAAUGACUCCACCCUCCUCAUAGCUUCAUUGCAAGACUAUACAGUUAUGCAAUAUAAAAAUGAGGUAAUUUUUUAUAUGUAAUGCACUGAGACACGUUCUGGUCUACAGUUCAAUUUACAGGCUUCACAUUUUGUAUCCCAGCCCUGUGAAUGCUGACAAUGUCCAAUACUUAUCAUGAGCCACCUGCUUAGGGUCUUCUCUUCAGGAAAUGGUUAGCAUUGGCUAAGAGUCACAUGCUACUGUCAAAACUAGAAUAGUCCCAGUAAGCAGGUUCUGAAUGAAAGGUGAAAAUACGAAUUUUCCGGACUUGAAAAUACGUAUUUUCCUGACACUGAAAUCAGGUUCAUUUUCGGUUCUGAAUGAAAGUUGAAAAUAAGUAUUUUAUAAACGUCAAUGUUUGGGCCAAAUCAAGGCUGGUCUGGUCCAGACAGGACAAAAUCUGAACCAAACAUAGACGUCUAUGAUUGGCUCAGAUUUGUUCCGCAUCGGACCAAAAACCAACGUCCGUGGACGUGAAAAUCAAGGCCGGUCCGGACUGCAUCAAAAAAAUAAGUCCGGACAGGGCCAAAAAAGACAUCCAAAAGACGUCGGCGUCGGUCCGCGCUUACUGGGGUGUAGCCUACCAUGUCAGCCCACAAUGGAAUUUUAUGAAUGCCCAUCCAUGUGGUAGGCCCACCGUUUGUAAAACAGGCCGUUGCAUUGGCUUUAUUAGACCUGAUAUCUAUGACUAAUCAAUGUGGCUAUUUAAGCUCUGAAUAUCAGCUACACAACUUUAUCAGGAGUUAUCCUGAGCCUAUUUGCAAUGUGUUUACACAGCGGGAAAUGCAGAAGUAUUUUCUUUUGCUCUAUGAUCAGCUCGUAAAAAAUGGACAGAUACAAACUUGAAACCACUGAUCAUGACAAUUUAGCCCAUGGGAUGAAACUCCUGGACAGCAGUUGUGAGUAGCCUGAUUGUCCAUUCCAUAUUGUCCAUUUGACUUUGACCUGUCCUGUUUUUAGGAUAUGUUGUUUGUUAACAUGACAGCGCAUUUUUUAUUUGAUUGGGGCGCCAUUUAGGUUAGGCUAUUUGAUCUGAGAAACCUGCAUGAUGUAAAAGGUUUCCGUCUCAUUACAUUGUCAUACAUUUUAUCUGUAGUCUACAGGCUGGAGAUAAAAUGUAUGGUAAUGUAAUGAGACGGAAACUUUUUACAUCAUGCAGGUUUCUCCGAUCAAAUAGCCUAACCUAAAAGGCCACAUACUCUUUCUACCAUAUGCUAUAUCUGCUACAUGAUUUAUGUUAGAUUCUUUUUUUGACGGAAUGUUGGUGGAGUGCCGCAGCGAUACGUCUCUCCAACAGCACCCUGGAGAGGCCCGCUGGGAAUCGACAAGAUACAUAUUUUGCGCCCCUGCCUUUGACAAAGUGGCCACUUUUUAUCACAGGGCGGCAUCAGGGCUCACUUAAAAAACCCAUAUGCCACUGGUUGAGAGAAAUUGUCAUUGUUUUUAGGCAGAAUUAUGUGAGGUUUUAUGUGUUGUUGGAGGUGCCUCUUGGUCAGUUUAGCUCAGAAAAUGCCUCCCUCGUCAAACUGCGGGACGGCCCUGCCUCCAUGUGAGACUGACUCAUAUUUUUAACAUGGCUGUUAUGACUUAAUCGCCACCACUUGGUUCUGCUUUUAAUGUACUGGCAAUGAGACUAGGGCUGUGGCUGUCACUCAAUUUCUUCAGCCGGUGACUGUCAAGCAAAUAACUGUCGAUCUCACGGUAAUUGACCGUUAAUUAACAAACACAUUUAGCAUCUCCUGGCUUCCACACAUAGCCUACAAGCCACUGAUGCUGACCUUUGGAACAUCUACAUUUAAAAAAGUAGACCACUGCGCCUGAGUGGCGCAGUGGUCUAAGGCACUGCAUCGCAGUGCUAGCUGUGCCACUAGAGAUCCUGGUUCGAAUCCAGGCUCUGUCGUAGCCGGCCGUGACCGGGAGACCCAUGGGAGACCCAUGGGGCGGCGCGCAAUUGGCCCAGCGUCGUCCAGGGUAGGGGAGGGAAUGGCCGGCAGGGAUGUAGCUCAGUUGAUAGAGCAUGGCGUUUGCAACGCCAGGGUUGUGGGUUCGAUUCCCACAGGGGGUAUGAAAAAAAUAAUAAUAAUGUAAGUCGCUCUGGAUAAGAGCGUCUGCUAAAUGACGUAAAUGUAAAUGUAAAUAAUAAAUCCAUGUAAUAUAGCGUACACCUCCACAGUAAAUCCAUUAUUUAUUUUAGACAGGUCUAAAGAAGCAUGAUAUGUAGAAAAUGUAGUCUAUUUCAGAAGAACAGAAUAGCAUACUCUGAGUUGUCCUUAUGUUAGGUCCUGAUCUGGCUAUGCCAAAUGGCUGUACAAAUUAAUACAACCACUAGCAUCAAAAAAACUUUUUGACGCAACAGAUCAGAACAUUUAGCUUAAAAUGUUGAUAAACUAUUAGGUUAUUUCUUCACAUUAUAUAAGCGCCGCAAUGCGCACAUGGUAGUAGGCUAUAAGCGAGAAUGUUCCAUUAGCGGAAAACACCAUUAUCAAAGUGAUCGCAAAUGCAAUUAUGCAUGUAAGGCUUUUAUUAUAAAGGUGCAUUUUUAUGGUGAAAAUGAUCUUCCCCAAAUUUGAAACUCACUCGCUGCUUAUGUAAAACGGAUUAAUGUGCUUUAUUUUAAGAAGUUAUUUGGCCACUUUAGUUGUGAUACAAACCUUAUUAAAACAUAUAGGCCUAUGGGCUAGGCUACAUGAGGUGUGCGACUAUGAUUCGAAAAAGUCUCAAGUGAUAAUAUAUAAUUCACAAGUGAUAGGCUAAUAUUGUCACCCAUCAGACUAUUCUUAAUUUAAUCUAUACAAAAUAAUAUAUGUGUGAAAUUUUGUUUUGAUUUAGAAUGGACCAUUAUCAUGCACCUGUAUCGAAACAGGUGCAGCGGGAAAAAAUACAUGUCAUCUAUGCAAAUGGAGGACGCUUUUCCCUGUGGUUUAUUUUCAUGCCAGCCAGGUAGGCUAUACUCCUGUUGUAAAUAUAAGCAAUGUGCUUAAUAUUAGGAAAGUUGAGAAAUAAAUAUAGUAGGCCUAGCCUAUAGAAAGCUGAUCCUUUUUAUUAGAGGCCGUCACAAUGUUUUCUCGCGCAAUUGCAUAGCCUAUUGAAAUGUUGCGCAACAUGAGCUCAUGGGCUCUCAUGAAGUGUUUGAUUAGAUUUUCAAACACAUUUGCAUUGAUGUCAGAGUGAUUAGAGGGACAAUAGGGUGCUGAGUACCAGCCAGUUAGCAAGUUUGGUAGGCUACUAAUGACCAUCAGCAGCAUCAGAGCUUGGAGAAGCCUAAUUACCGUGACUAAACGGUCACAUAGAAUUUGACUGCCUUCAUGACUCGUGACCGCCGGUGUGGCGGUAAUACGGUCACCGCAACAGCCCUAAGGGAGACUCACAAUCAUGUCUGUCUGCUCUGUUUUCAGUCUGUAGAGCGUCAAGAUAACGUGUACGUUUAUUUCGGAGUAGUUAAGCAUAUAAAAAUACAAUAAUUAUCUCUUCAAUGCCAGGCUUGUGUAAGUGUUAUCAUAAAAAAACAAAUAUUUGUCCCUUCUCUCCCGUGUGUGUGUGUGUUUGUGUAGGACAUUUGCGAGGACAUCUCGGACCAUGUGGAGCAGAUCCAUGCGCUGCUGGAGACAGAGUUCUCCCUUGAAGCUGCUGUCCUACUCUGUGAACAUCAUUGUGGACAUCCGUAGUGUGCAGCUGCUGUGGCACCAGCUCCGUGUCUCUGUCCUGGUACUGAAGGAGAGGCUGCUGCAGGGCCUCCAGGACUCCAACGGAAACUACACCCGACAGACAGACAUACUGCAGGCCUUCUCUCAGGACCAACAGCAGGUUAAUAAUUCACAGCCUCCCUGGCAUGGCAUGUGCUGUACACAACUAUAGCUAUCCUACAAUAAACAUGACAGCCUUUCAGGUUUCUGUGAUUUAUGAAAUAGGCAUCAGCAGAAAGAACACAUGUACAACAUGACAGUAGCAUAUUAAACAAUUGAUUAAAAGAUGCAUUUGUACAUUAUGAUAUUCACUCUAUUUUGGGAAAUAAGAGUACACUGAUAGUACAGUGAGGGAAAAAAGUAUUUGAUCCCCUGCUGAUUUUGUACGUUUGCCCACUGACAAAGAAAUGAUCAGUCUAUAAUUUUAAUGGUAGGUUUAUUUGAACAGUGAGAGACAGAAUGUUAUAAAUUGAUUUGCAUUUUAGUGAGGGAAAUAAGUAUUUGACCCCCCUGCAAAACAUGACUUAGUACUUGGUGGCAAAACCCUUGUUGGCAUCACAGAGGUCAGACGUUUCUUGUAGUUGGCCACCAGGUUUUGCACACAUCUCAGGAGGGAUUUUGUCCCACUCAUCUUUGCAGAUCUUCUCCAAGUCAUUAAGGUUUGAGGCUGACGUUUGCCAACUCAACCUUCACUCCCUCCACAGAUUUUUCUAUGGGAUUAAGGGUCUGGAGACUGGCUAGGCCACUCCAGGACCUUAAUGUGCUUCUUCUUGAGCCACUCCUUUGUUGCCUUGGCGGUGUGUUUUGGGUCAUUGUCAUGCUGGAAUACCCAUCCACGACCCAUUUUCAAUGCCCUGGCUGAGUUUGUUGCCUUGGCGGUGGUUUUGGGUCAUUGUCAUGCUGGAAUACCCAUCCACGACCCAUUUUCAAUGCCCUGGCUGAGGGAAGGAGUUCUCACCCAAGAUUUUGACGGUCCCGUCCAUCGUCCCUUUGAUGCAGUGAAGUUGUCCUGUCCCCUUAGCAGAAAAACCUUGUGGGCGCUGCAGGAUUUCAGUCCUUCACGGCAUAGUGUGUUACCAAUUGUUUUCUUGGUGACUAUGGUCCCAGCUGCCUUGAGAUCAUUGACAAGAUCCUCCCGUGUAGUUCUGGGCUGAUUCCUCACCGUUCUCAUGAUCAUUGCAACUCCACGAGGUGAGAUCUUGCAUGGAGCCCCAGGCCGAGGGAGAUUGACAGUUCGUUUGUGUUUCUUCCAUUUGCGAAUAAUCGCACCAACUGUUGUCACCUUCUCACCAAGCUGCUUGGCGAUGGUCUUGUAGCCCAUUCCAGCCUUGUGUAGGUCUACAAUCUGUCCCUGACAUCCUUGGAGAGCUCUUUGGUCUUGGCCAUGGUGGAGAGUUUGGAAUCUGAUUGAUUGAUUGCUUCUGUGGACAGGUGUCUUUUAUACAGGUAACAAGCUGAGAUUAGGAGCACUCCCUUUAAGAGUGUGCUCCUAAUCUCAGCUCGUUACCUGUAUAAAAGACACCUGGGAGCCAGAAAUCUUUCUGAUUGAGGGGGGGUCAAUACUUAUUUCCCUCAUUAAAAUGCAAAUCAAUUUAUACAAUUUUUGACAUGCGUUUUUCUGGAUUUUUUUGUUGUUAUUCUGUCUCGCACUGUUCAAAUAAACCUACCAUUAAAAUUAUAGACUGAUCAUGUCUUUGUCAGUGGGCAAACAUACAAAAUCAGCAGGGGAUCAAAUACUUUUUUCCCUCACUGUGUAUUAUGCAAUUUUACACUCGACGCUGUGUCCCACUCUGCCAGGUAUAGUUCUGAGUGGCUUGACACCAACAAUAUUACUCUACCAAAUAACAUCCAUCUCCAGGCUGUUAUAACCCAACUUAAACAGUAGUUUAGAGACCGUAUACUGUAUGUGAAUCUUAUUUCUCAGAUCCAGUGCCAAUUUGUAUUACAUGCAACGUCAUUCCAUACCAUUAGUUGGUUUGGUUGUUGGCCUCUGAAUAUCACACAAUCCUGGUUUCCAUCCUGGUUAUUAGGCUGGUCACUCUGCCUGUACCUUGUGGUCAGUGGUGUGCCGUCCACCCACUUCCAGAUCCCCUCAGUCUCUAAAUCAGACAGACCAAUCCAGACAAAUGCUGCUGCAUCACGUCCAUUGAUAAAUCUCUGUUCCCCUUCAUUAUUAACGACCACCAGGUCUGCUCCUCUCUCUGCAGUCCUGUCUGCUCUCAGCCCAGGAUUUCUUCUCAGAAGAGGCACAAUAACAACUAGUGUUAAAGCUUCUCCAUCCUUGUGGACAGGACCCUAUAACAAUCAUAUCCAACCUUUCUAUCUCUCUGUAACUGGUCUCUCUCUCUGUAACUGGUCUUCUGUAACUGGUCUCUCUCUCUCUCUGUAACUGGUCUCUCUCUCUCUGUAACUGGUCUCUCUCUCUCUGUAACUGGUCUCUCUCUCUCUGUAACUGGUCUCUCUCUCUGUAACUGGUCUCUCUCUCUGUAACUGGUCUCUCUCUCUCUGUAACUGGUCUCUCUCUCCUGUAACUGGUCUCUAUCUCUCUGUAACUGGUCUCUCUCUCUCUGUAACUGGUCUCUCUCUCUUACUGUCUCUCUCUGUAACUGGUCCUCUCUCUCUGUAACUGGCUCCUCUCUCUGUACUGUCUCCUCUGUAACUGGUCUCUCUCUCUGUAACUGGUCUCUCUCUCUGUAACUGGUCUCUCUCUCUGUAACUGGUCUCUCUCUCUCUGUAACUGGUCUCUCUCUCUGUAACUGGUCUCUCUCUCUCUGUAACUGGUCUCUCUCUCUCUCUCUGUAACUGGUCUCUCUCUCAGUAACUGGUCUAUCUCUCUGUGUAACUGGUCUUUCUCUGUCUGUAACUGGUCUUUCUCUCUCUGUAACUGGUCUCUCUCUCUGUGUAACUGGUCUCUCUCUCCAUGUAACUGGUCUCUCUCUCUGUGUAACUGGUCUCUCUCUGUGUAACUGGUCUCUCUCUCUGUGUAACUGGUCUCUCUCUCUGUGUAACUGGUCUCUCUCUAUGUAACUGGUGUCUCUCUCUGUGUAACUGGUCUCUCUCUCCCUGUAACUGGUUUCUCUCUCUCUCUGUAACUCUCUCAUCAGUGUAGUUGGUCUUGAAGAGAGACACAGACUGUAUCAUCUGGUUUUCUCUCUGGCUGAUGUCCUUGUAGUAGUUGUAGGAGCGUAGUCUGAUGAGAGUUGUCAGUAGGAGGACACUCAGUAGACCCUGUCCCACCACAGCCAGGGUGCUGCGCCUCACACCUUGCUUUACCCCUCCGGACUCAGAGGGAGUUGAACCCUGAUUCUCUGGCCCACAGUCUGGUGAUCCCAGGUCUGUGAGGAUGUCUGAACAAGCAUACAAAUCAUCACACGUCUCCUCCGACUGCGGAUAAUUCACCCGACGGCUCCUCGUAGUGUCAGGACUGGCGAACACAUCGUCAGACAUCUCCAUCUUUUUAGAUGUAGGCGUUUUGUCUUUGUCUGGGGUAUCUGUUGUCUGUCCUCUACAUCGUGAUCAGAGCAGUAUUUAUACACUGCUUCUUGUGAAAUAGAUAUUAUUAGCGUCUGGCCGUCUGCUAAAUGACCAAAAUAUCAGCUGUAAAUGUAAUUAGUGUUUUGUUGUUGUCAAGAGCAGGAAGUUCAGCUCUUCACCGUUUUUUAUUUUUUAUAAAUGGACCGUUCGUGUGAUAACUUCUCUUUACAGCAGAGAUGUGUUUGAUGUUUUUGAACUCAUAAUAACAAAGAUAAGCUUCUAAGAGAGCAACAGGCUUUUGUAAAAUUUGAUAGGCUAAGCUUUUGGUAUAUUUCAGUUUGGGAGACUAACUCCCACACACUGUGUACACAGAACACCAGGUAAACACACAGAAAAAUAUUGCGAGAAAGAAAAAUAUUGCCACAUUACACAUCACAGUGAGACUGAAAUGUUCAGAUACAAGUUAACUUUGUAAAGAUAAAGGAGACUGGAGUCAGAGGUAAUAGCUUUAAUACAGAGUGCUCUGGGUACAAGUAGUCACACCCAGAUGCAAACACUAGUACAAAGUGAAACUUCCUUCGUCUAGAUGUUUUCUACAUUGAUUUAAUUAAGUAUACAUUCAUUACUUUACUGUCACAAUUAUGUAAGUUCUUUCUGUCAUAAACAUGAGUUUCUUGCACCGGGCGUGAACUUCAAUAACAGGAUUAGUUUUGCUACCUAGUAUGGUAAAUGUUACAUCUCUGCUGCCUUGUCUCCUGUAAGUAACAUUUCAGGAAGUUUGUGGUUAGCUUCUCGAGACUUGCAGCUUCAUAUUUGGUACUUGUGUAAGGGUCGUGUCUACAGUAUACUACAAAAUUCUAUAGUAAGAAGUUAGUUCAAACAGACAGCUCAGUGCAUUCAACAUGUCAAUACCUCUCACAAAUACAAGUAGUGAUGAAGUCAAUCUCUCCUCUACUUUGAGCCAGGAGAGAUUGACAUGCAUAUUAUUCAUGUUAGCUCUCUGUGUACAUCAAAGGGCACAUCCAAUUGGUACUUGUGUAAGGGUACCAAUUGUGACUUCACAGUCACAAAGUCCAUAGCAGACUAUGGGAGGUGCACAGUACUACAUAGAGCCAUAACUACAUGGAACUCUAUUCCACAUCAGGUAACUGAUGCAAGCAAUAAAACAUAGGCACAGAGACAUGCAUACACACACACGAUAACAUACGCACUAUACACACACAUACACAUGGAUUUUGUGUUGGAGAUAUGUGGUAGUAGAGUAGGGGCCUGAGGGCACACAGUUAAUGUGUUGUGAAAUCUGUUGUGAAUGUAUUGUAAUGUUUUAAAUUUUUUAUAACUGCUUUAAUUUUGCUGCACCACAGGAAGAGUAGCUGCUGCCUUGGCAGGAACUAAUGGGGAUCCAUAAUAAAUACAAAAAAACAAAUCGAGGGAUACUACAGUGUGGAGUAUAGGAUUCUACAGUAUACUACAGUUUACUACAUAAUUCUAUAGAAUUCUAUAGUAAGUACUAUAGUAUUUUAUAGUAAAUGGAAGUCUUUUUUUAUGUGUAUCAAACUGUAGAGAAAUUCAACUGAAGGGAAACAAAGUGUACACAUUUAAAACGAGUUUAGCUAAGGUUGACCAUCUGAGCAGGCCUUAUUCAAUGAUAUUAUUACAAAGAACAAAGAAAGGAUGUGUGUGUGUGUUCACUGGAUGUCCUGUCAAUUGAUCAUGCUGGCCUCUUCAGCCGUCCACUGGACAUCCAGGCCUCUACAAUAGGAUCAUCUUUUGGAAAUGUCAGUUUAGGAGACUAACCCCCACACACUGUGUGCAUAAAACACCAGGUAAAAAUAGAAACAUUUUGAGAGAGAAAAGAUUUCCACAUUACACAACACAGCUGCUCCAUUGUCUGUUACAUAAAUAAUACACACCACCUUGUGGCACAUGCAGGAAUUACUACAGCUGAUGACUCCAUGAGUGUGGAAUAUGAUUUACUGUAACAUAACACAGACUCUUAGGAGUUGCUUUUCUUUUAUGUUGGAAAACACAACUCCUAUUUGGUUUAUUUAAGGGGCAAUAUGUGAUUGAUACAUACAUUUUUUACCUUAAAUUAAUUAUAUACAGCCUUUGAUUCUUGAAGAAUGUAACUUCUAAAUCCCUCAUGAGUUUAGUUCAACAGUCGUACCCCAUCAGAACCCAAAAUAUAAGCUUGUUUUACUCCAUUGUUUAUAAACAAUGCAAUUGUAAACAAACACCGUACAGCUUAAAAAUAUAGUUAAAACUAUAAUUUUGAUCUCAUGGAUGGUCAGUCAUUGUAUCCAUAGCUGACUUGUGUUUACAUUUCUCCAGCCUCAUCCCUCACCUGUUUACCUAAACAGUGGCAUGGUGUCCACUUUGUUGUUGUUUGAACUGCAGAUUGCCUCUUUAAAGCAUUGUAACUUGAAUAUUGUGAGUAGCGGUGUGUUAAUCAAGUGUUUCUCCCCCCCCCCCCCAUCUCCCCCAGGCUCGCCUGGAUGCUCUGACUGAGGUGGACGACUGCGGCCAGCUGACCAUUAAGUGCAGUCAGGACUACUUCUCCCUGGACUGUGGCAUCACAGCCUACGAGCUCAGCGACUACAGCCCCAGUGAGGACCAGGAGGGUACCAGCGGAUCGGGCCAGGGGCAGGAGCCCUGCUGUAGCUACCCCAGUCUAGAGAGAGACUUCCCAGAGCUCAUCCAGAGUGUGGACCUGCUGACCAUCGCAGCCAAGCAGAGCCAGAGCCAGGGGGCCAUCCCAGAGCAGGAAGAGGAGGGGCCAGGCACCCCUAUAGAGAAACACAGAGACACGACCUCCAGCACAGGGGAGGAGAACAACCCUGCACCUGGACCCAAAAUGCACUGCGGCACGCCCCAGAGCGAGAGCACUCCACUCUCCAAGCGGCCCCUCCAGGGCAGCGUGAGUAACGAGGUGUCCCCCACCCAGCCUGCCUUGCCUAAGAAGCCCAUGUACCUGGAGGGAGAGACUGAGUCCAGCCUCAGCCUGAGGAGAUCCACCCUGCCUCCCUCUCUUCAAUUCCAGGGAGACCUGAGCCGGAGUACUCCCUCUCUCCUGGACCCUCCCGACCGCUCCAAGUUCUGGCUGGAGCUGAACGCUGUGUACCCCAGCAAUGCCUCCCAGUCCUAUGACAGCCUGCAGGCCAUGAACAGCAGGAACCUGCAGGCCAGCAGACAGAGAGAGGCUGGAGGGUACCAGAGACCGAGAAGCCCUGUUGGCGCUCAAAUCCCCCUACAGAGGAGCUCCUCAGAGGCAGGCCAGGGAGGCCACUUCCCCCAGGACCUCUCCUCCAUCCCCACCCUCUUCUCAGGCAACAGGGGAUGUAGCAGGGCCCUGGAGGAUCCACAGACAGACAGAGACACAGACAGCCCCCUACCCUCUGCUAUGAGGGAGCCCUCAGACCACGAGUCCCACAACAAAGCCUCCAGCGAGGACUUCCACCCUCCCACCAAGGAAGCCGUCUGGAUCAUCCAGCCCCAGUGCCCCCACCUCCACCACCCAGCCACAGCCUCAGCGGAGGCCAGCCCUAACCCCAGCGAGGAGCACUGGUUCGGGUCAGAUGAGUUCUUGGCUCUGCCCGCCCAGCUGAAGAAGACAGAGAUGCUGGCUAUGAAGCUGGAGACCCUGGCCCAGAGACCUGGCCACCAGGGACACCAUGAGUCCAUUCAGGAUGUAGACGAUUGGGAGCUGACCGAGGUCAAUUCAGACUGGGAGGGCGAGGGCCCAGGCAGCCCCCAACCCCCUCUGGGCUUCCACGCCCUCCAACACCCCUACAAGAGGCCUUUCCGUGUGGGGAUGGGCCGCUUCUCGCCCACCUCGUCCAGCGACAUGGCUCCAUCCCUGGAUGAGAGCAUCGAGUCGGGCCCCCUCAGUGACCUGCUGUCUGAGGACGAGGCCUGGAGCUCCAGGGAGAGUAGGAUGAGAGACAACAACAGGGGCUGGAGCUCCGGGGAGACCAGAGGGAGUUCCACUGGAUCCAGAAGGAGAGACGCCAACAGGUCUCUCCCCCUGCAGCCUACCACCACCACUCCCACUACCAUGGCCCCCCACAUAGAGAGACAGUGUAAACCCCUCAUCCAACAGCUACUGGAUGACAUCCAGCACCACGACAACCACCCAGACAUAUGGGGCAAGAUAGAGGUAAUUAGAGCCUCAGCUUCUGGCACAUACAGUUUUACUAUGAUGUUGUUGUUGUUUCAAGCAUUGGCUAUUCUAGGACCUAAAAUUUACAGUAGAUGGACUUAGGGCUGUGACGGUCAUGGAAUGUUGGAUGAUGGUAAUUGGCCAGCUAAAUGACCACGAUCACCGUAAUAACCGUUUGAAUAGCUCCUGACUGCAUGGGCUAGAAUUGAAAUAGAAUUAAUAGAAGGGGCGUCUCCAUUCAAGUCAAUGAUGGCAUAAUGGGUGGACUGGAGGGAUGGGGGGUUGAAAAUAAUUUCACUAUUCACAUAGUAUCAUUCAUUUUUGUCUGAUAUCCAGAUAUUCUAAAUGCAUGUUGUUUAAACGUACGUUUUUAACCUGUGCACUGCUGUGCGAGGGAGAGGCUGGCGCUCUAUUGCUGCAAUUGCGGAGGUGCCAGUGAGAUUGGCGCGAGCAGACAGAGGCAGAGAGCGAGAAUAUACUCGGCUAUAACCAAUACUAGCUAACUUACAAGUAGCAGCCACAAUGUUAUUUAUCAUCCCAAAUAACAGUUCCUGUCUUGACUCGAGUAGCCUAGAGAAGCUACAGUGGGGAAAAAAAGUAUUUAGUCAGCCACCAAUUGUGCAAGUUCUCCCACUUAAAAAGAUGAGAGAGGCCUGUAAUUUUCAUCAUAGGUACACGUCAACUAUGACAGACAAAUUGAGAUUUUUUUUCUCCAGAAAAUCACAUUGUAGGAUUUUUUAUGAAUUUAUUUGCAAAUUAUGGUGGAAAAUAAGUCUUUGGUCACCUACAAACAAGCAAGAUUUCUGGCUCUCACAGACCUGUAACUUCUUCUUUAAGAGGCUCCUCUGUCCUCCACUCGUUACCUGUAUUAAUGGCACCUGUUUGAACUUGUUAUCAGUAUAAAAGACACCUGUCCACAACCUCAAACAGUCACACUCCAAACUCCACUAUGGCCAAGACCAAAGAGCUGUCAAAGGACACCAGAAACAAAAUUGUAGACCUGCACCAGGCUGGGAAGACUGAAUCUGCAAUAGGUAAGCAGCUUGGUUUGAAGAAAUCAACUGUGGGAGCAAUUAUUAGGAAAUGGAAGACAUACAAGACCACUGAUAAUCUCCCUCGAUCUGGGGCUCCACGCAAGAUCUCACCCCGUGGGGUCAAAAUGAUCACAAGAACGGUGAGCAAAAAUCCCAGAACCACACGGGGGGACCUAGUGAAUGACCUGCAGAGAGCUGGGACCAAAGUAACAAAGCCUACCAUCAGUAACACACUACGCCGCCAGGGACUCAAAUCCUGCAGUGCGAGACGUGUCCCCCUGCUUAAGCCAGUACAUGUCCAGGCCCGUCUGAAGUUUGCUAGAGUGCAUUUGGAUGAUCCAGAAGAGGAUUGGGAGAAUGUCAUAUGGUCAGAUGAAACCAAAAUAUAACUUUUUGGUAAAAACUCAACUCGUCGUGUUUGGAGGACAAAGAAUGCUGAGUUGCAUCCAAAGAACACCAUACCUACUGUGAAGCAUGGGGGUGGAAACAUCAUGCUUUGGGGCUGUUUUUCUGCAAAGGGACCAGGACGACUGAUCCGUGUAAAGGAAAGAAUGAAUGGGGCCAUGUAUCGUGAGAUUUUGAGUGAAAACCUCCUUCCAUCAGCAAGGGCAUUGAAGAUGAAACGUGGCUGGGUCUUUCAGCAUGACAAUGAUUCCAAACACACCGCCCGGGCAACGAAGGAGUGGCUUCGUAAGAAGCAUUUCAAGGUCCUGGAGUGGCCUAGCCAGUCUCCAGAUCUCAACCUUAUAGAAAAUCUUUGGAGGGAGUUGAAAGUCCGUGUUGCCCAGCGACAGCCCCAAAACAUCACUGCUCUAGAGGAGAUCUGCAUGGAGGAAUGGGCCAAAAUACCAGCAACAGUGUGUGAAAACCUUGUGAAGACUUACAGAAAACGUUUGACCAGUGUCAUUGCCAACAAAGGGUAUAUAACAAAGUAUUGAGAAACUUUUGUUAUUGACCAAAUACUUAUUUUCCACCAUAAUUUGCAAAUAAAUUCAUUAAGAAUCCUACAAUGUGAUUUUCUGGAGAAAAAAAAUCUAAUUUUGUCUGUCAUAGUUGACAUGUACCUAUGAUGAAAAUUACAGGCCUCUCUCAUCUUUUUAAGUGGGAGAACUUGCACAAUUGGUGGCUGACUAAAUACUUUUUUUCCCCACUGUAGCUAGCCAGCUAGGCUAAUUGAGGCCACAUUUUACGUUUUCUCCCCAACCCAAUUCAGAUAAAACAACAGCCUACCUGUUAGUUGCUCAUUAUAGCCUAAUGUUAUUCCAUCUUGCAUUCCAUUAAUCAACUCUCACUACAUAUUGAGCCUCUUUGCUGCUUUGAUUGGCCAACAUAAACAACAAGCUACAGACGUGAAGGCUACCAGUCUUUUUUAUGAGGCGCAUUUUAUGGGCACAACUACAUAGACAUUUUUUUUGUUUUAUUACAUUUAUAAUUUGAAAUCCUUGCUAUCCUUGUAUGUAACAAUGUCAAAUGGAUAUUUUAGUUUUAGGUUUUAUUUUUUCGCACCAAAGAAAAGAAGUGAAAGACAAAACAGUACAGAUAAAAACAAAAACUGGUUAAAACGGUGUGCAGUUGAGGUUGGAAGCCCAAAAGGGCUUCAAUGAAAACCACACCACAAAUAUAAGUACAAAAAAAUAUAUUAAUUAUAAUUGUACAUGAUAUACUCAGUAUACAAGAAAAAACAUGUUUGAUUAUGUGCGUGUGAGUGUGAGAGUUAGGCUACAUGGAGGGGAUUAUUGGGUAGUUUGGUUCAUCAGACUUCGUGUGAAGUUAUUGAGGGAUGAUUAGGUUUUGUCAAUGUGAAGAUAAGAAUUCCAGAGUAUGGUACCUCUGUAUCUGAUAGAGAAUUGACAAUGUGAGGUGUGGCAGUGAGGAGGAUGAAGGUUUGCGCAGAAUCUUGUGUUAUAUAUAGUGCCUUGCAAAAUUAUUCAUCCCCCUUGGCAUUUUCCUAUUUUGUUGCAUUACAACCUGAAAUUUAAAUGGAUUUUUAUUUGGAUUUCAUGUAAUGGACAUACACAAAAUAGUCCAAUAAAUUCUAAAUAAUAAAUAUGUAUUCACCUCCUUUGCUAUGAAGCCCCUAAAUAAGAUCUGGUGCAACCAAUUACCUUCAGAAGUCACAUAAUUAGUUAAAUAAAGUCCACCUGUGUGCAAUCUAAGUGUCACAUGAUCUCAGUUUAUAUACACCUGUUCUGAAAGGCCCCAGAGUCUGCAACACCACUAAGCAAGGGGCACCACCAAGCAAGUGGCACCAUGAAGACCAAGGAGCUCUACAAACAGGUCAGUGACAAAGUUGUGGAGAAGCACAGAUCAGGGUUGGGUUAUAAAUAUCGGACACUUUGAACAUCCCAGGGAGCGCCAUUAAAUCCAUUAAUAAAAAAUUGAAAGAAUAUGGCACCACAACAAACCUGCCAAGAGAGGGCUGCCCACCAAAACUCACGGACCAGGCAAGGAGGGCAUUAAUCAGAGAGACAACAAAGAGACCAAAGAUAACCCUGAAGGAGCUGCAAAGCUCCACAGUGGAGAUUGGAGUAUCUGUCCAUAGGACCACUUUAAGCCGUACACGCCACAGAGCUGGGCUUUAUGGAAGAGUGGCCAGAAAAAAAGCCAUUGCUUAAAGAAAGAAAUAAGCAAACACGUUUGGUGUUCGCCAAAAGGCAUGUGGUAGACUCCCCAAACAUAUGGAAGAAGGUACUCUGGUCAGAUGAGACAAAAAUUGAGCAUUUUGUCCAUCAAGGAAAACGCUAUGUCUGGCGCAAACCCAACACCUCUCAUCACCUCGAGAACACCAUCCCCAUAGUGAAGCAUGGUGGUGGCAGCAUCAUGCUGUGGGGAUGUUUUUCAUCGGCAGGGACUGGGAAACUGGUCAGAAUUGAAGGAAUGAUGGAUGGCUGUAAAUACAGGGAAAUUCUUGAGGGAAACCUGUUUCAGUCUUCCAGAGAUUUGAGACUGGGACGGAGGUUCACCUUCCAGCAGGACCAUGACCCUAAGCAUACUGCUAAAGUAACACUUGAGUGGUUUAAGGGAAAACAUUUAAAUGUCUUGGAAUGGCCUAGUCAAAGCCCAGACCUCAAUCCAAUUGAGAAUCUGUGGUAUGACUUAAAGAUUGCUGUACACCAGCGGAACCCAUCCAACUUGAAGGAGCUGGAGCAGUUUUGCCUUGAAGAAUGGGCAAAAAUCCCAGUGGCUAGAUGUGCCAAGCUUAUAGAGACAUUCCCCAAGAGACUUACAGCUGUAAUUGCUGCAAAAGGUGGGUGAAUAGUUAUGCACGCUCAAGUUGUCUGUUUUUUUGUCUUAUUUCUUGUUUGUUUAUAUAUUUUGCAUCUUCAAAGUGUUAGGCAUGUUGUGUAAAUCAAAUGAUACAACCCCCCACCCCCAAUCAAUUUUAAUUCCAUGUUGUAAGGCAACAAAAUAGGAAAAAUGCCAAGGGGGGUGAAUACUUUCGCAAGCCACUGUAGAUGGAUUUCAGAAUGAACCUGGAAGAAUCCAUUGAAGGGUUUAGGGAAACUGUCUUGGAGGCAUGAGUAUUUGUAGAUGAAAGUGCAUAAUUGGCGUACAUUAUUGUCGUAAAUAGACAAGAUAUUGAGUUUCUUAAACAAAGGUGUAGAUGGAGCCAGAUAAUUAGAGGAGGUGGCUAGUCAAAUUUAUUUUGUAUGAUGAGUAAUUUGUGUAGGUAGGAGGCAUAUGUACUGGCCCAACAAUAUUACAGUAAAUGAGAUAUGGGUAAAUGAAGCUAUAGUAUAGCGUUAGGAAGCCAAACCACUAGUCUUUCUGAUGAUACCAACAUAUUUCAUCACUUUGCUACAGACAAAUUGAAUAUGAUCUUUUCAGGAUAACUUUUCAUCAAUUAGAACUCCUUGGAAUCUAGUGGACGUGACUUGUUCCAUUUAAUUCCCACCAAUUGAGAUUCUGGCUCUUUCUUUUCAAUAAUAUUUCUUAUUCUUACUAGUGAAUACAAGAAAGUUGGAUUUUAUAACAUUUAAAGAUAAACAAAUUAUCUGGAACCAUUCAUAAAAUUUGGCCAUACCUGAGUUGGCUUAAUGAAUUAGUGAACCCAAAUUCUUGUGUGAUAAAAUCAAAUUGUUGUCAUCAGCAAAGAGAAUGGGAAGUACUGUAGAAGGCACAGCAGCAAGGUCAUUGAAAUAGAGUAGGAAUAACAAAGGUCCAAUUAUCGAACCCUGUGGUACACCACAGGAUAUCAUGGCCCUGGUAGAUGCACAGCCGUUUGCGUAAACAAAUUGUUCACUAUCAUAAACAUAACUAUAUAACCAAUUAUAUGUAUAAUCAUGAAAACCGUAUUAAUGCAAUUUAGAAAUUAAUAUUUAAUGAUCAACCGUGUCAAACGCUUUGGAUAAAUCUAAAGAGAUGCAAAAAUAUUAACGUCCGUUCAGAUAUUCGAAUAACCGUGCACAUCUCUAGUGGACUGGCGGCCAUUGCGAGUGCACCCAAGGGGCAAAGCAGGAAGGAAAAUAUGUGCAAAAAUAUGUGCUGUGAUUUGUUGAUUCAACUCAACUGGCAUUACAAAAAAAGACAUUACAUUGCAUGAGCCACAUUAGUUAAAAUCAUUUGAAUGAACACACAUCACAAUACCAGGCGGGCAGCCAUUGCGAGUGUACCCAUGAGUUUAAGGUCUGUGCUAUCCGGAAUCCUUGCGACGUCCCUACCCCAUUGAAGUUGACAUUUUAAAAUGGUUAUGAAAGGGUAGAGGUUAGGGUAGGGAUGUCCCAAAGAUCAUGAGUUUACAAGUCAAAUUGCUUGGGUUAGAGCAGGGUUCUUCAAUUCCGGUCCUGGAGGGCCGAAACACUUCUGUUUUUUAUUUCUACCUGGUAGUUAAUUGCACUCACCUGGUGCCCAGGUCUGAAUUAGCCCCUGAUUAGAAGGAGAGGAUGAAAAACAGAGGUGUUUCGGCCCUCCAGGACCGGAAUUGAAGAACCCUGGGUUAGAGGUUCCAAACCCGUUCUAUUCAUUCUAUUUAUAUGUGUGCUGCUGCUGCUGCUUUGUGUGGGGUGUUGCCUAGGAAACCAAAGACUCAUUUGCUUGUUUCAGCAAGGAGAAACAAAGUUUCAUCAUGUUAAGAGUCCAUGUUAUGGACAAAACAGACUCAAAAGCUUGAAUGCCCCCGGCCAUCCGGUCUUCAGUCAGCUGUUCAUUCCACACAAAACAAAUAUAUAUAUAUAUAUACUCUACCGGUCAAAUGUUUUAGAACACCUACUCAUUCAAGGGUUUUUCUUUAUUUUUACUUUUUUCUACAUUGUAGAAUAAUAGUGAAGACAUCAAAACUAUGAAAUAACACAUAUGGAAUCAUGUAGUAACCCAAAAAGUGUUAAACAAAUCAAAAUAUAUUUUCAAAUAGCUACCCUUUGCCUUGAUGACAGCUUUGCACACUCUUGGCAUUCUCUCAACCAGCUUCACUUGGAAUGCUUUUCCAACAGUCUUGAAGGAGUUCCCACAUACAGUGGGGAGAACAAGUAUUUGAUACACAGCCGAUUUUGCAGGUUUUCCUACUUACAAAGCAUGUAGAGAUCUGUAAUUUUUAUCAUAGGUACACUUCAACUGUGAGAGACGGAAUCUAAAACAAAAAUCCAGAAAAUCACAUUGUAUGAUUUUUAAGUAAUUCAUUUGCAUUUUAUUGCAUGACAUAAGUAUUUGAUCACCUACCAACCAGUAAGAAUUCCGGCUCUCACAGACCUGUUAAAAUUGUAGACCUGCACAAGGCUGGGAUGGGCUACAGGACAAUAGGCAAGCAGCUUGGUGAGAAGGCAACAAUUGUUGGCGCAAUUAUUAGAAAAUGGAAGAAGUUCAAGAUGAUGGUCAAUCACCCUCGGUCUGGGGCUCCAUGCAAGAUCUCACCUCGUGGGGCAUCAAUGAUCAUGAGGAAGGUGAGGGAUCAGCCCAGAACUACACGGCAGGACCUGCUCAAUGACCUGAAGAGAGCUGGGACCACAGUCUCAAAGAAAACCAUUAGUAACACACUACGCCGUCAUGGAUUAAAAUCCUGCAGCGCACGCAAGGUCCCCCUGCUCAAGCCAGCGCAUGUCCAGGCCCGUCUGAAGUUUGCCAAUGACCAUCUGGAUGAUGCAGAGGAGGAAUGGGAGAAGGUCAUGUGGUCUGAUGAGACAAAAAUAGAGCUUUUUGGUCUAAACUCCACUCGCCGUGUUUGGAGGAAGAAGAAGGAUGAGUACAACCCCAAGAACACCAUCCCAACCGUGAAGCAUGGAGGUGGAAACAUCAUUCUUUGGGGAUGCUUUUCUGCAAAGGGGACAGGACGACUGCACCGUAUUGAGGGGAGGAUGGAUGGGGCCAUGUAUCGCGAGAUCUUGGCCAACAACCUCCUUCCCUCAGUAAGAGCAUUGAAGAUGGGUCGUGACUGGGUCUUCCAGCAUGACAACGACCCGAAACACACAGCCAGGGCAACUAAGGAGUGGCUCCGUAAGAAGCAUCUCAAGGUCCUGGAGUGGCCUAGCCAGUCUCCAGACCUGAACCCAAUAGAAAAUAUUUGGAGGGAGCUGAAAGUCCGUAUUGCCCAGUGACAGCCCCGAAACCUGAAGGAUCUGGAGAAGGUCUGUAUGGAGGAGUGGGCCAAAAUCCCUGCUGCAGUGUGUGCAAACCUGGUCAAGACCUACAGGAAACGUAUGAUCUCUGUAAUUGCAAACAAAGGUUUCUGUACCAAAUAUUAAGUUCUGCUUUUCUGAUGUAUCAAAUAUUUAUGUCAUGCAAUAAAAUGCAAAUGAAUUACUUAAAAAUCAUACAAUGUGAUUUUCUGGAUUUUUGUUUUAGAUUCCGCCUCUCACAGUUGAAGUGUACCCAUGAUAAAAAUUACAGACCUCUACAUGCUUUGUAAGUAGGAAAACCUGCAAAAUCGACAGUAUAAUAUGGACUUGGUCUUUUACCAAAUAGGGCUAUCUUCUGUAUACCCCCCUACCUUGUCACAACACAACUGAUUGGCUCAAAUGCAUUAAGAAGGAAAGAAAUUCCACAAAUUAACUUUUAAGAAUGGUGGAACAAGCUCCCCCACGACGCCAGGACAGCGGAGUCACUGACCACCUUCCAGAGACACUUGAAACCCUACCUCUUUAAGCAAUACCUGGAAUAGUAUAACAGUAAUCCUUCUACUCUCCCCCCCAUUAAAAAAAAGAUGAAAAAAAGGGGUGGUUGUCCCACUGGCUAUCCUAAGUUGAAUGCACCAAUUUGUAAGUCGCUCUGGAUAAGAGCGUCUGCUAAAUGACUUAAAUGUAAAUUUAAGAAGGCACACCUGUUAAUUGAAAGCAUUCCAGGUGACUACCUCAUGAAGCUGGUUGAGAGAAUGCCAAGAGUGUGCAAAUCUGUCAUCAAGGCAAAGGGUGGCUACUUUGAAGAAUCUAAAAUCUAAAAUAUAUUUUGAUUUGUUUAACACUUUUUUUGGUUACUACAUGAUUCCAUAUGUGUUAUUUCAUAGUUUUGAUGUCUUCACUAUUAUUCUACAAUGUAGAAAAUAGUAAAAAUAAAUAAAAACCCUGGAAUGAGUAGGUGUGUCCAAACCUUUGACUGGUACUAUAUACUGUAUAUAAUAUAUAUAUAAUAUAUAUGCAACAUGUAAAGUGUUGGUCCCAUGUUUCAUGAGCUGAAAUAAAAUAUCUCCGAAAUUUUCCAUACGCACAAAAAGCGUAUUUCUCUCAAAUGUUGUUCACAAAUUAGUUUACGUCCCUGUUAGUGAGCAUUUCUCCUUUGCCAAGAUAAUCCAUCCACUUGACAGGUGUGGCAUAUCAAGAAGCUGAUUAAAUAGCAUGAUCAUUACACAGGUGCAUCUUGUGUUGGUUACAAUAAAAGGCCACAAAAUGUACAGUUUUGUCACACAACACAAUGCCACGUACAGUGGCUUGCGAAAGUAUUCACCCCCCUUGGCAUUUUUCCUAUUUUGUUGCCUUACAAUCUGGAAUUAAAAUGGAUUGUUUUGGGGGGGUUGUAUCAUUUGAUUUACACAACAUGCCUACCACUUUGAAGAUGCAAAAUAUUUGUUAUUGUGAAACAAACAAGAAAUAAGACAAAAAAACAGAAAACUUGAGCAUGCGUAACUAUUCACCCCCCCAAAGUCAAUACUUUGUAGAGCCACCUUUUGCAGCAAUUACAGCUAUAAGCUUGGCACAUCGAGCCACUGGGAUUUUUGCCCAUUCUUCAAGGCAAAACUGCUCCAGCUCCUUCAAUUUGGAUGGGUUCCGCUGCUGUACAGCAAUCUUUAAGUCAUACCACAGAUUCUCAAUUGGAUUGAGGUCUGGGCUUUGACUAGGCCAUUCCAAGACAUGUAAAUGUUUCCCCUUAAACCACUCGAGUGUUGCUUUAGCAGUAUGCUUAGGGUCAUUGUCCUGCUGGAAGGUGAACCUCCGUCCCAGUCUCAAAUCUCUGGAAGACUGAAACAGGUUUCCCUCAAGAAUUUCCCUGUAUUUAGAGCCAUCCAUCAUUCCUUCAAUUCUGACCAGUUUCACAGUCCCUGCCGAUGAAAAAGAUUUCCACAGCAUUUUUUAAAAUUUUAUUUCGCCUUUAUUUAACCAGGUAAGCCAGUUGAGAACAAGUUCUCAUUUACAACUGCGACCUGGCCAAGAUAAAGCAAAGCAGUGCAAUAAAAACAACAACACAAGAGUUACACCACCACCACCACCACCACCACCACCAUGCUUCACUGUGGGGAUGGUGUUCUCGGGAUGAUGAGAGGUGUUGGGUUUGCGCCAGACAUAGCGUUUUCUUUGAUGGCCAAAAAGCUCAAUUUUAGUCUCAUCUGACCAGAGUACCGUCUUCCAUAUGUUUGGGGAGUCUCCUACAUGUCUUUUGGCGAACACCAAACGUUUGCUUAUUUUUUUCUUUAAGCAAUGGCUUUUUUCUGGCCACUCUUCCGUAAAGCCCAGCGCUGUGGGGUGUAUGGCUUAAAGUGGUCCUAUGGACAGAUACUCCAAUCUCCGCUGUGGAGCUUUGUUGCCUCUCUGAUUAAUGCUUAAUGCCCUCCUUGCCUGGUCCGUGAGUUUUGGUGGGCGGCCCUCUCUUGGCAGGUUUGUUGUGGUGCCAUAUUCUUUCAAUUUUUUUAUGAUGGAUUUAAUGGUGCUCCGUGGGAUGUUCAAAGUAUCGGAUAUUUUUUUAUAACCCAUCCCUGAUCUGUACUUCUCCACAACUUUGUCCCUGACCUGUUUGGAGAGCUCCUUGGUCUUCAUGGUGCCGCUUGCUUGGUGGUGCCCUUUGCUUAGUGGUGUUGCAGACUCUGGGGCCUUUCAGAACAGGUGUAUAUAUACUGAGAUCAUGUGACACUUAGAUUGCACACAAGUGGACUUUAUUUAACUAAUUAUGUGACUUCUGAAGGUAACUGUUUGCACCAGAUCUUAUUUAGGGGCUUCAUAGCAAAGGGGGUGAAUACAUAUGCACGCACCACUUUUCCGUUAUUUAUUUUGUAUACUUUUUUGAAACAAGUUUCUUUUUUCAUUUCACUUCACCAAUUUGGACUAUUUUGUGUAUGUCCAUUACAUGAAAUCCAAAUAAAAAUCAAUUUAAAUUCCUGGUUGUAAUGCAACAAAAUUGGAAAAACACCAAGGGGGAUGAAUACUUUUGCAAGGCACUGUAUGUCUCAAGUUUUGAAGGAGCGUGCAAUUGGCAUGCUGACUGCAAUAAUGUCCACCAGAACUGUUGCCAGAGAAUGUUAUGUUCAUUUCUCUACCAUAAGCCGCCUCCAACAUAAUGUUUGAGAAUUUGUCUGUAUGUCCAACUGGCCUCAUAACUGCAGACCACGUGUAUGGCAUCGUGUGGAAGAGCGGUUUGCUGAGCGGUUCUUAUCAAUGGCAAUUUGAAUGCACAGAGAUACCGUGACGAGAUCCGGAGGCCCAUUGUCGUGCCAUUCAUCCACCGCCAUCACCUCAUGUUUCAGCAUGGUAUUGCACAGCCCCAUGUCGCAAGGAUCCGUACACAAUUCCUGUAAACUGAAAAUGUGCCAGUUGUUCCACGACCUGCAUACUCACCAGACAUGUCACCCCUUGAGCAUGUUUGGAAUGAUCUGGAUCGACGUCUAAUACAGCGUGUUCAAGUUCCCAACAAUAUCCAGCAACUGCGCAUAGCCAUUGAAUAGGAGUGGGACAACAUUCCACAGGCCACAAUCAACAGCCUGCUCAACUCUAUGCGAAGGAGAUGUGUUGCGCCAAUGGUGGUCACACCAGAUACUGACUGAUUUUCUGAUCCACAACCCAACCUUUUUUUAAAGGUAUCUGUAACCAACAGAUGCAUGUCUGUAUUCCCAGUCAUUAGAUCUCUCCAGAGAUGUUAGAUCGGGUUCAAGUCCGGGCUCUGGCUAGGCCACUCAAGGACAUUCAGAGACUCCCGAAGCCUCUCCUGCGUUGUAUUGGCUGUGGUCUUAGUUGUCCUGUUGGAAGGUGAACCUUCACCCCAGUCUGAGAUCCUGAGCACUCUGGAGCAGGUUUUCAUCAAGGAUCUCUCUGCACUUUGAUCCGUUCAUCUUUCCCUCGAUCCUGACUAGUCUCCCAGUCCCUGCCGCUGAAAAACUUCCCCACUGCAUGAUGCUGUCACCACCAUGCUUCAUCUUAGUGGAUGGUAUUGGCCAGGUGAUGAGCGGUGCCUGGUUUCCUCCAGACGUGACGCUUGGCAUUCAGGCCAAAGAUUUCAAUCUUGGUUUCAUUUGACCAGAGAAACUCCAAGCGGGCUGUCAUGUGCCUUUUACUGAGGAGUGGCUUCCGUCUGGCCACUCUACCAUAAAGGCCUGAUUGGUGGAGUGCUGCAGAGAUGGUUGUCCUUCUGGAAGGUUCUCCCAUCUCCACAGAGGAACUCUAGAGCUCUGUCAGUGACCAUCAGGUUCUUGGUCACCUCCCUGACCAAGGCCCUUCUCCCCCGAUUGCUCAGUUUGGCCGGGCGGCCAGCUCUAGGAAGAGUCUUGGUGAUUCCAAACUUCUUCCAUUUAAGAAUGAUGGAGGCUGCAACGCUGCCUGGUUUUUCACCAAAGCACAUCCAGCGAACUUGACACAACUGUGGAAAGCAUUGGAGUCAACAUAGGCCAGAAUACCUGUAUAACGCUUUCGACACCUUGUAGAGUCCAUUCCCCAACCAAUUGAGGCAGUUCUGAGGGCGAAAGCGGGGGGGUGCAACUCAAUAUUAGGAAGGUGUUCCUAAUGUUUUGUACACUCAGUAUAUAUAUUUUUUAACAGUUGUGACGUUUAUUUUAUUUUCAUGGCAUUCUUCAUCCAUAACCGUCUGUCUGUUACGCGAUUAUACGGUAAUUGUGCCAGCCCUAGGUGGACUCCAAAGUUCAUGUAUUCCCAAACUAUUCAUUCCGGUUCAUAAUGAUGGUGUCAAUAUGAAUUCGUAUGUCAACACAUAUUCAAAGGUCAGUUCUAUACUUACAGGUACAGUAUUGAUUAAGUGAUUUAUGAACAGAUUAAUAAUUGUUGUCAUCUUGCAUAUGGUAGUACGGCAUUAGUACACAACGUACAAGGAUAGGUUUCCUCCAAUGUCACAUAGCAAGACAGACUGAGGAUUAAGGUUAUAUGACCAGUUUUGAAUACCUACACAUCAGAGGAGAUGGCCUAACCUGCUUUUGAGGAUCAAUCAGCAUGCAGCAUACCUGUAUGCUCUGAUCCAAUUCUUAAUUGUAGAGAGAGAAGAAUGCGGAGAGUUACAGAGCACAUUCUGAAAUAUUAACAGUGCCAGCUAGCACAUCAAAAGUUUAGUGAAACACUUCGCUCUCUCGUCUUCGCUCUACUCUCACAUAGAAUAACCUAAUGAAAUCCACUAACCAGUGCACUGCAACCUUCUCCUGCAUGCCUCUCAUGUUAAUGUCUCUCAUUCACAACUAUAAUGCAAUUAGACCAUUAGGUAAAUAAUGAAGAGCAUGUAAUCAAAUCUAUGAAGGAGCUGGGUGCUAAUUGAUUAUUUGGAGAGAGAGAGACACAGACUCACUCCAUUCUUUAACACAUAAGUAGUGGUAUUAUAUUCUCCAUAGUCAGAGAACCUCAGCCCUGAUGCUAUCCUGCCAUGCCAUCACAGGGAUGUCUGUCUGACACUUGUUCCACAGUCCCCAGGACAAUGUCAAUGUUAGUGGAGUUACUAUGAGCCAACCUAUGAAUACUACCUAAACAACUACUAUUGUGUAAUCCUUUAGUAUCAACAUUCUCCACAAUAUAUGAUUGAAUAUUAUCUGUAGUUUCACACAGUCUGUAGCUAUUAUGCCAUGUAAAUACUCUGGGUUUGUCCCAAAUGGCACCCUAUUCCCUAUAUUGUGCACUACUUUUGACCAGAGCGUUAUGGGCCCUGGUCAAAAGUAGUGCACUAAAUAGGGAAUAGGGUGCCAUUUGGGAGGCAGACGUAGUCUGCUGAUUAUUUAUCUCCACUGUUAGUCUGUUAGGUGAGCCAGCCACACAGUGUAUUCUCUCCUGUUGGUAAAGCCUGAUUAGCACAGUGGGGUUUUAAUGACACCUGCUGGCAGGAACAGAGAAUGACGACUGUGAGAGAAUUCAUAGUAGGCUCGUCUAUAGUGCCUACAUAUAAAAUAGAACAACAUGUUGUUGCAUAUGUAAUGCGUACAUUUUAUGCAUUUAAAAAAAUUCAUUGAAUGAAAUGAUUGCUGUUAUAGUUCUGUAAUGCAAAACUAGCCAUGUAUCUUUCUAAUGAUUGUUACUGAUUGUUAACAACCAGUCAGACAUCUCCAUGGGUUACAUACAAUCUGAGGAUUAGCACAUCCUCUCCUCUGCUGUCCUUGGGCUUGGGCUAACAGAGAGGCUGAGGCUGUGAGUCUGGGGCUGAAGCUGGGACUGAGAGAGGCUGAGGCAAUGAGAGAGUCAGCCAGGCUGGGGCUGUGAGGCUAUGGGGCUGAAAGAGAGGCAGCCAGGCGCGCCACCUGAGAUGAUACGUGUCACACAGGGAGGUGAUUGAUUACAUUAGCAUGCAGGCCUCUGGAGAUGACUUCAUCCUCAUGGCAACAGACAGCUAGCUGGCAGCUGAAGGUUCUACUGGGGGUUUCUCAGGGGCCUAGUCAAGUGUGACGCCACGGAUGAACAGAGCCUUCCUUCCCUCUAUCCUCUCUCUCUCUCUCUCUCUCUCUCUCUCUCUCUCUCUCUCUCUCUCUCUCUUGCUCUGUUGCUUUACAUUCCUUCGAGUCUGCCUCUCUCUUCCCCCCUCUCUACAUGUAUCUCUCUACCGCCGCCUUUUUUCAGUCUCUCUCUCUCUCUUCUUUUUUCUACUUUCUCUUUUUCUCUGCCUGUCUCUCUAUCUUUUUCUGAGAGAAGUUUGGAGGGGAUGGAUGGGAAGAGAAGGGAUGUUGCUCAUUCAUGUUAUUCAUACGGUUUUCCUCCUGCCUGCCUGGCGCAUUACAUUGGCCCACAAACCG